UGUUUACCAAACAGAACUUGGUGUUUCCUAGGCUUAAUCCUCCUUUGUGGUUAAGUUUCUUUUACAACAUGAAAAAGGAAGAUUUUCCUCCCAAAAAGAUAACAGUCAUUUGCACCUAUCUGUCAAGGCUUUGCCCAGCAUUCUCAUCCUAUUUGGCAUCCACUUUGACCCCUAUCAUUCUCUUCCUCCUGGUUCAGCAUCUUUGCCACAGGUUGUCCUGGAAUUACAAACACCUAGCAAGAAAUAGAUAUACUCACAGAUGCAGAAACAAUACAGAUGUACCUACCCACAAAGACAAGAUAAGCUGAGAAAGUCUUGCCCUCUUUUGAAAAGGACAAGGCAUUGGGAAAGGUUUUCCCAUCUCUAAGACUUUGGAGUGAUGCUCCUGUCCAAAGCAGAGAGGACUAGUUCCUUUCUACUAAUUUGUAGUUAACAUAGAGAAGAUUGAAGACUUAAUCCCACCUAUGGAAGGGACUUUGGAGAUGGGCCAGAUGCCAUCACCACAGGAAUUCAGUCAGAAUCAAAUUACUGUUGGUGAUUUCCUGCAUGUUUUGGCUUUUCGAUUAAGAUGAAAUGUGCCACAGUGAACAUGUGUGCACGCUGAGAGGAGAAAUAACUCGAUGGCUGGGUUGAUUGUAGCCUCUCCCAUGACUUCACGGACAGGUAAAGUUGAGCAGGUGUCUGGAAAACAACAACAACAACAACAAAAAACCCCACUAAACUUCUGAUACCAACAAGGAAGACAGAAAAGACGGAGGCAUCACAGUCUUACGUAUACAGACUUGAAAGACUUGAAGCUGUAAGCCAAGGGGGGUGGCCAGAUAAGACAAAUGGUUUUUCAUUGGAAUUACUGCAUAGUUAGAACUUGACAAAAACUGGAUUUCCUUUCCGAGGUGAUAGGGUCUGAGCUCAAGCCAGAAUUGGGCCUGUCCGGCUCGUGCAGCAGCCAGAGGCCCCCCGACAGCACUCUGGUGGUGUUUGCAUGAAUGCAAUCACGGCUGUCUCUGGGCUUAAGUUACCGGAGGUCAGACACCCAUUUGUCCUGGGGCGGGGGCAGGGGGCAGGUUCCUGGUGUGUACUUUCCUUGCCUUCCCAGCCUCGGCACCUCGUAAACCAGAUUGUGUUGCUGCAGCUUCAUACAGGUGCUCAGUUAGGUUUCUCCAUAAAAGAUUAUGAACAGGUGAAAUGUCAUUCUUCUAGAGAAGGGAUGGUUGGUUUGUUUUUUUCCUUUAACAGGGUAGUGACUUCACAAAAGUGCCAAGAUGGCAAAAUUACAAAACAAAACAGUAUUAUGAUACCAUUAAAUAUGGAACAUUAAACUAUUUAUAUUUAGCACUGCUCUUCAAAACAAAAUACAGAUAUGUCUGUAGGUGUAGUCAAAGCUUUAAUAAGUAAUACCUUUCUGUAUUUAAAUCAGAGUAACUCUGUAUCGAGUACAGUGUCUUUUUCCUCAUGCACAUGUUAUGUUGAAGAAAAUGUUUACAAAAAUGGUUUUGUUACACUAAUGUGCAUCAUGUAUUUAUGGUUUAUUUUUAAAGUGAUUUUUUAUUUUAUUUAGGUUUUCGUCUUAGUUGCAGUCCGUUUACAGUGAUUCAUAAUCCCUAAUUUUGCCAAUUAUAAAUUUGCUCAACAGUAAUACAAAUGACAGACUGCAUUAAAUUUACUAAUCCUAGAGCUACAAAGCAGACUGGUGGCAAGUACGUGGCCUCCCCUCCCACCCCCCAGUGCUAACUUGUCUUAUGUGUAUUAUGAAAAUUACUGUUGGCCCCUCCCCCCUUUUUCUUUAAAUAAAAUAAAAAUGACACCUAUGUUAAUGUGGCAUGAGUUUCAAAUAUAUUCUGAUCCUUCAGAAUGUUUCCUUUCCAUAUAAAUCCAUACUUUAUGCAUACCUCCACCCCUGGCUAGAGAGGGUGGCUCCAUAUCCUGCCAUCUCCUGUAACAGGGUUGUUUGUUAAAGGUGAGCUCUUGAUCAUCAUGUUCUUGAAGCCAAGAAUGGGUAAAGCUGAUCCCUAAAGAAGAUGUAGGUUUUAUUUUUGCAAGUCUGAAUUGAAUCAAAAAAUAAAAUAGCAUGAUGUCUGUAUCUAAUAGGACAAUUGAAGUAGCCCUUCCUCAAAUUGGCACCAUCAAUACUAACUUAAGCCUAGUAAUUGGAAGGCCUUUGUGGCCAAGCCCUUAGCAUGUGCCCCAUUGAUUUCCCCCAGAGAUCUGGCAGGCUUGAUCCCCAUUGGAUAGAUGUGGGACCACAUCACCAUGAUCAGCGCCUUGGCCAAGCCUCCAGGGUUGCAGAGGGUGGCCACACAACAUUAUCAUAAAUCAAAUGUUUAGAACCAGCUCCUUUGUGCUUCAUAUUAGAAACAUGUUAUUUCUUUAAGGUGAAAAUAAAAUUGUAAAUACCUAGGCCACCAAGUGAGUAUGUUUUUUCUUUUCCUACUUGAUAUUUGUUGCAGCUGGUGGAUGAUUAGGAAUAAAAAUCUAGUGGAGGGCUAGUUGUCUUGGGACCAUCAUUCAUCCCUCCUGUACCUAGUUCAUCCUCCACUGCUGUGGUCUCACUUAAAGCAAGCAACCAGGAUGAAAUCAGCCCCUGUAACUGACACCAGCUCAAUGUUUUGACAUCACAUUAAGGGUUCAGUGAAAUUGCUACCUUCUCUGCCAUCUCUGACUUCAACAACAACAGAUGCCCGUGUUUCAUUUGCUAAGUACAUGUACCCUUGAACAACAUGGGAGCUGGGGUCACCAGCCCCUUGUGCCAUCCAAACUCUUGAGUGUAACUUUUGACUCCCCCAAAACUUAACUAUCAGUAGCCUACUAUUGAUUGAUCAGAAGCCUUACCAAUAACAUAAACAGUCAAUUAACCCUAUUUUAUAUAUUUAUAUACCAUAUUCUUAAAGUAGGCUAGAGAAAAGAAAAUGUUAUUAAAGUAGUAAGGAAGAGAAAAUACAUUUGCACUCAUGUACUGUAAAAAAUCCACAUGUAGGUGGAUCCACACAGUUCAAACCUAUGGUCAAGGGUCGACUGUAGUUGUUAGAAAGUAAAACUGAAAAAAAGAAAAUGCAAUUAAAAGUUGGGAGAAGUUAUUACUACAUUUUCUUAUGGGAGAAAUAACAGGUUCAGUUAUAGGUUCUCAUACCUGGUCUACUUCUUUCAUCUUAAGAUUAAUCCUAUUAUAUCCAGGUUUCAAAAUCUUGGUGAAGCUGUCCCAUCUCUGCCUCUGCCUUCCUUACCUUGUCUAUGCUUACAGUCAAUAACCUGUCCUGGUCUCUGAUAACUGGAUUGUUUUUGCUUACUCUUUGUUUCUGUCUGAAUACAGGGCCUGCAUAUGAGCUAAGGUUGGCUCUCAGGGUUGACUCCCAAAUGCUUCUCCAAAUCUACCAAACAUGUUGCUGGCGGUGAACAGGCCCUCAGAAAUUCCUGGUGGUUUGCUUAAGUAGCAUGAAAUUAAAACCCUGAUGUUAGUCCAAGGGGAAACCAGCACUCCUGUGCCCUGUGGGCCUUGUGAGGAAGUGCCCUGGUGUACACAGGUCCCAGGAAGGGUGUGGAGCGGUAGCUUAUUGGGCACAGCACAAGGCCACCCAGUGCUAUAACAGGCCAUAAUACUCACCAGUCCCUGCUGCUGCAGGUUGGCUUCCUAUAAUAACAGGACCCUUGAUUCCUAGGUCCUAUCUCCUAGUUUGCUUGAUUAUCGGAAAUUUGAAUUUGAUGGUCCAGCUCAAAAUGCCCCCUAGAAGUUCUGUGGAAAGAUGUCAAGCUUGAGCAAGGCAAUUCUGCCCCUUCCUUAAAUUUGUUGAGAUGUCAGACAUAACUACAAACCUUAGAAACCAAUAUUACACAACUUUUUCAUAAUAAAUGAUACUAAAUAAUGCCUUGAUUAUUUUUUUAACAGCUUUACUGAGCUAUAGUUCACAUAACCGUACAGUUCAGUGGCUAUUAGCCUAUUCAGACCUGUGCAUAUAUCACUACCACAAUCAAUUCUUAAACAUUUUUUAUUAUCUUUGCUAUUACCUCCUUGUCACCCCACCUCUUCAUCCCCCUAAAGUUUUAGGCAACUACUAAUCUUUUCCAAUAUGGAUUUGCCUUUUCUGGACAUUUCAUAUAAAUGAAAUCCUACAAUGUGCAUCCUUUAUGACCCGCUUUUUUGAUUUAGCAGAAUGUUUUAGGAUUUAUCCUUGCAGCAUGUAUCAGUACUUCAUUUAUUUUUAUUAGCAUCCUUGGUUCUUCACCUUUGUCACUGGUGCCUGCCUUCAGCUUUAAAACCAACCACCUACCUCACUGAUAGCCAACCGUGUUCUAGCCUCAAAUGAAAACUGCAGAGUUAACCAUCCACCCCACAGGGGAAGCAGGUGACAAGCGGCUUCAGAAAUGGAUUCCUGCUAAGGUGUGUUUUCAGUUUGAACUCUUAGAAACACAGUGAUCCCCCCAACCACCGCCCUGGAGAGAUCUUGAUGCUAAACAUCAGGCUCAUCACAGGACAGGUACAGGGUGGUCAAGGUUUGGAAUGGAGGACUGUUUGGGAAGCACUCCUACCUGCCCACAGAGAGCAGCUCUCCAACCCCCAGGAAGGUUGGGACUGGCAGGUGUUCUGCUUGUGUCCAAGGCCUGGAUCAGGGUAUGCAGCCGGUCCCUCUAACUUUUGUGUGCUCACCCCUAGGAAGGGACACAAAAGCUGGUAUUGCUGAGCCAGAUCCCUUUUUGUCAUGGGAGAAUACUUAAAACUCAUAUUUCAGAAGGGUCUUGUUAAGUUGGCUGCUCUUUUGUAUCUUACUGGCAUCAAGGACAUUUCUUUGGUGUUGCCUCCUGGGAGGCCUUCUAAUUGUCCUCCACUUUCCCUUGCAGUGUACAUCGUUGAGUAAGCGUGGACACUAGUAACUUCUGGGAACUUGGUGGCAUUUUGGUCAAUCUAACAAGUUGAGCAACCACUGGGUGCUGAGCAGUCUUGAGGCUCCAUGCCCAGUGUGAGGCCCAAUGUGAGGAUUGAACUCAUGGCCCUGAGAUCAAGACCCAAGCUGAGAUCAAGAGUCAGAUGUUCCACCAACAGAGCCACCCAGGUGCCCCAAAGCUUAAAAGACUUUUAAGACUCCCUGUAUUAUUUAUUGAGUAGUACAGGCUACUAACAUUAUGUACAAAUUGUUCCAAAUUUUCUAAAGCCUAACGUGUAUGUCUAUAUAGAAAAAAAUCUACAGAAUUAUAAUGAUGCAUAUUUACAAAGCUUUAUUCCCUGUUAUGGGAUGUUUGUUUUCUUUUUCAUGCUUUUCUGUGUUUUCUACAUUUUCUACAGUCAACAUAUAUAGAAUUUUUAAUAUGGAAAGAAAACUUAAAAAUGGCCAUGUUCUGGUUACCUGCCCUUUCUCCUUCCAAGCUGAACAGAUUUGGUUUAGGCUUGUGACCCCAGGCCUUCCACUCACUUCUGGCUGGGGCUUGAUAGGUUGAGGUUGCCCCAUCUGCCUGCAGGUGGACGAUCGGGAAUGGGUAUAGGCUCACUCUGACAAGGAGACUGGUGGACAAGUUUCCUGGAAAUUUUUGAAAAAAGUGUCUUCACUUUUGAGCAAGAGCUGCAGGAACAGACUACUGCUUUCUAGCUGAGAGGCCUGCUGCCAUGGGAUGAAGCCAACACACAGAGGAGAGCAGCAGGAGGGUCUCAGGGAACAGGCCAGGGCUCAGGGUCAUCCAGCAUGGGGCUGCCUGACCGCUGGCUGCCCAGGCAGGAGACCUGACACCUGUCAUCGUGUUUAAGCCAAUUCAAACUGGGAUUUCUAAUCCUUUCAUCCUAAAACAUCCUGACAGAAGAGGCUCCUUCUGAAAUCCUUGCUGCUGUUGGCCAUUGGACAGUGUUUUCCUUCUUUGAUCCAACCUGUCAACUCUAGCAAGUGAGCAAAGCUUAGUUGAUUUGAGACCACUAAGCUCAGGCUACCAACUUAGAAGGAAGGUGUUCUAGCUUAAGAAGGACUUCUAAACCCCUAGGAUGUAAAUAAACAUCUCUAAAGAUUUUUCUCGGAUUUGUAUUAUUUCUUAUAUUUAAAUUUUAAUUCAUCAGGAGUUUAUUUUUGUAUAUAGUGUGUGAAAGGGGAUUCAGCGUUCUUUUUUCCCAGGUGAUAGGUAGUUGUGUUAGUAACUUCCUUUACCAGUAGUGUGAAUAACAUUUUAAACAUCAAUAAAAAAAAUUUCCAUCUAAGCAUCUGCCUUUGGCUCAGGUCCUGAUUCCCAGGAUCCUGGGAUUGAGUCCCACAUCAGGCUCCCUGCUCAGUGAGGAGUCUGCUUCUCCCUCUGCCCCUCCCCCCCAUUUGUGCUCUCACUCUCUCUCUCAAAUAAAUAAAAUCUUAAAAAAAUAUUUCCAUCUGUAUUCAUAGGAGGCAUUGGUCUAUUCUCUCUUUUUAUUGUUAUUAUUGUUAUAAAGUUUGUGUUCAAGUGAUGCUAGAUUUGUGAAAUAAAUCGAGGAUAUUGCCACAUUUCUAUAGUUUGAGAUAGAUUAAAUGAAAUUAGAAUUAACUGAGAACUGGGACUCAGUUGGGACCAUCUGGUCCCAGGUGUUUUUAUCAAUGGUAUAUUUUUAAUUGCCAUUUCAGGUUCAUCUAUGGUAAUUGAUUUAUUCAAGGUUUCCACUUCUUGGUUUAAUUCUGGUAAUUUUACAUUUUUCAAGGAAACCAUCUGUUUCCAAGUAUGUUGCCAUAAGGUUGUAAGUAAUAUUUUUACAAGUCUCACCUGUCUCUGUGUCCUUGACUUUCUGAUUUUGUCAUUCUAUUUUUGUAUCCUUUUGCUGUUUAUUUUUGCCUUUAUCCAUCUCACAAAAGUUUACAUUAUUAGUCUUUUCAAUGAAAUGCUUUUGGAUUUGUUUAUCCUUCCUAUGUUUUCUUUCUAUGUUUCUAUUACAUAGAUUUUAGCCUUUAUUAAGUUCUUCUUCCAACUCUUUGUGCUUUAAUUUAUUGUUCCCUUACUAAUUUCUUAAAAUGAGAACUGCUAUGGGUUGAAUUGUGUUGAAUAAUAUGUUGAAAUCCUAACUUCCUAUACCUAAGAAUCUGACUUUACCUGGAAAGAGGGCCAUUGUAGAUGUAAUUAGUUAAGAUGAGGUCAUACUGGAGUAGGAUGGGUCCUUAAUUCCAUAUGACUGGUGUCCUUAUACAAACACAGCCAUGUGAAGAAACAGAGGCAAAGAGAGAACAACAUGUAAAAUGGAGGCAGAGAUUGAAAUAUAUAUGCUUCUACAAGCCAAGGAACAUCUGUGCCUACCAGAAACUGAAAGAAGUAAGGACAGAUCUUUCACUGGAGGUUUUGGAGGGAGCAUGGCCUGGCUAACACCUGAUUUCAGACUUCUAGUCUUCAGAAGUAUGAAAUAAUAAAUUUCUGUUGUUUUAAGCCACACAAUUUAUGGUGCUUUGUUAUGGCCACCCUGGGAAACUAACACAUGUACUAAAUUCCUUAUUUAUUAAUUUUAAUUUUUCAUCAAGAAACAUAUUUGAAAUUUUAAAUAUGGAUAAUAAUUUCAUUUUGAUUUUUUUUUUUAUCCAAAGCUUAUCUAGCUCUGGGUUUCAUAAUUUCCAAGUAAAGAAAUUUUUUUUGAAGAUUUUAUUUAUUUAUUUGACAGAGAGAGACACAGCGAGAGAGGGAACACAAGCAGGGGGAGUGGGAGAGGGAGAAGCAGGCUUCCUGCAGGGCAGAGAGCCCAAUGCAGGGCUCAAUCCCAGGACCCUGGGAUCAUGACCUGAGCCAAAGGCAGUUGCUUAACGACUGAGCCACCCAGGCAUCCCCAAGUAAAGAAAUUUAAAAAUUAAUGGUUUUUUAAAUGACUUCUAAUUUUAUUAAAUUAUUAUUAUAACCCUAUCAAAUUCCUAAUUUUUAAAUUUCUUAAAAUUUUCUUCAUACCUAAGAAAUUAAUCAGUUUUGUCAGUGUUAGAUGGGCAAAUGGAAAAAAAAGUAUGUUUUCUAUUUAACAAAUGUGACAGUCAUAUAUAUCUACUAAUUGACUUUCUUGAUCAGCUUAUUAAAUUUUUCUAUGUCCUUACUCAUCUUAACUUGAUUCAGUUUUCUAAGAAUUAUUUUAGUAUUUCCCUUUAUGGUGGUAUUUUAAUUUAUUUUUAAAACUUGUAAUUAAUUUUUAAAAUUUAAUUUACUUGUAGAUGUACAUACAAUUGUAUGAACGAAUACAGAAGAGUGAUAUCACUGAAAAUGGUGGAAUAGAGACUUCCAGGACUCUGUCUCUGUGUAGAAAUAAUAAGCUAAAACAAUGGUCAGAUUCAACUUUCAGAGAAUUGUGAAAUCCAGUCAAAAACUUACAAUAAACAAGGAAAAGCUUAAUAAAGAAGUUGCUUUAUUAAGUUUUUGCCUUCCACAGCCUUCAGUGACCAGGUGACACUGCUGAUCACCCAUGUUCCACACACCCUUCCUACCAGAUGGGAUGGUGCAUUAAGUGUGACUGUCUUAUUCUUGCCUCUGUAGAGAAUGAGCAAGAGAGAGAGAGAGAGAACAAGCACAAGCCGGGAGAGCAGCAGGCAGAGGGAGAAGCAGGCUCCCCGAGGAGCAAGGAGCCUGAUGCAGGACUCGAUUCCAGGACCCUGGGAUCAUAACCUGAGCCGAAGGCAGAUGCUUAACCGACUGAGCCACCCAAGCCUCCCAGCAACCCUUUUCAAUACAGAUGGAAUCAGAGUAAAUUUCACUCUAGACCUAUUUCCCAAACUGUCAGCAUUAUUGACGCCCCUAUUUUUACUGGAUUAGUGUCAUCAGAUCAAGGCUUAUAGACAUCCCAAAGGCAAGGGGGUGAUGCGCUACACACUCGAUGGGUGAGAACAGAUGAUGCCAGUUGCUGAGACCAAACCCGGCUGUGGAGUGCUGGACCUGAGAUCUCCACCUCCUGUGUCCUCCAGAAGUUGCCAGAAACAAUGUUCAUCUUUUACAUGUUGGUAAUGAGUGUUUCAGGCUUCACCAUUCAGCCUGAGGAACACGCAGUGGCUGCAGAAAACUGCAAAUUUCUUGGCAAGCAUUUCAAAACCGACUUCAGGGUAGAAGGGGAGCCUGUGGUCCUGAGGUGCCCCCAGGCGCAGCUCUGGUUGUGGGCAUCUGUCAGCCCCUAUGUCAACGUGACGUGGCGUAAAAACGAUUCUACUAGAAAGGUCCCUGGGGAAGAAGAGACGCGAAUGUGGAUCCAGGAUGGUGCUCUCUGGAUCUUGCCAGCCUUGCAAGAGGACUCUGGCACCUACAUCUGCACUAUCAGAAAUGCCUCUUACUGUGAUGAAAUGUCCAUUGAGCUCCGGGUUUUCGAGAAGACAGAAGCUUCCCUGCCUUUCAUAUCGUACCCGCAAAUUCUAACCUUGUCAACCUCUGGGUCCUUAGUUUGCCCUGAGCUGAGUGAAUUCACCCAUAACAAAAUGGACGUGAAGAUUCAGUGGUACAAGGAUUCUGUCCUUUUGGAUCAAGACAACGAGAAGUUUCUAAGUGUGAGGGGAACCUCUCGCUUACUCAUCCAAAAUGUGUCUGUGGAGGAUGCGGGUUAUUACACUUGUGCCAUGACAUUCACCCAUGAAGGCAUGCCGUACAACGUGACUAGGAACAUUGAACUACGUGUCAAUAAAAAAGAAGAGGAGACAAUUCCUGUGAUUAUCUCCCCCCACCAGACCAUAUUAGCUUCACUGGGAUCAAGACUGACAAUCCCGUGUAAGGUGUUUCUGGGAGCCGGGACACAGUCGACCACCAUGCUCUGGUGGAUGGCCAACAACACCAGAAUAGAGAAUGCCUACCAGGGAGGCCGCGUGGCCGAGGGGCAGCGCCAGGAAUACUCAGAGAACAAUGAGAACUACAUCGAAGUGCCACUGGUUUUUGAUCCAGUCAUAAGAGAGGAUUUGAACACGGAUUUUAAAUGCCUUGUCCGUAACACACUGAGUUUUCAGACGCUCCGUACCACGGUCAAAGAAGGUACAGAGGAUGUCUCCAGAGUUUGGGGGAGCUGCAAUCAGGCAAAGCCCGGCGAGUCUGCACACCUGUCACCUUGCAGGAUUAACCAUGAGCUGGAGGUCCGGCACUGGGCACCAGGUGGAAAGCAAGCAUGUGGGAAGAUAGAAAAGCUCUAGAGGCAGGGUGCUCUGGCAGGUGAGCGAGAUCCAGGUUUGGGUCUGAGCUCUGUCACCAGGCAUGCCUGUGUGACCUUGGACACAUCACUUGCCCUCUCUGGGCCUCUGUUUUCCCCUGUGUAAAAUAAGUGUCCCUAAGUGACCCAUGAGUUCCUUGCAGAACCAACACUCCUUGACUUAUAAUCAUGGGGCAGUGGAAUCUGAGGACUGUUGUCAUGGGCCAAGUGUCAUCCCAGGGGCCCAAGUAUCACAGCACCGCGGAGGAUGAUCACGUGGCCUUGGCUCUAUUCUGACAUGCAGAGGUGAGGAUGGCCGUGAUUUGGGGCUGAUACACUUGCCGAAUGGAUUUUCCUCAUCAUUUCCAAAUGAGACCCAGAAUGAAUGGGGCUGGGGACACCCCACUAGGGUCUCUGAUUCCAGUUCCUUCACUGAACAGCUCUCUGAUCUUGGGCACAGAGCUAUUACAUUCGCCCUCGGGGGUUUCGCUAGCAGAAUAGGUCUCUUGCUAGGUCGGAGUUUGGACUGCGCCUGUGGCAGCAGCUGCCUGGCGGGGUCGUUCACACCGCGACAGUGAGAACAUCUCAUGGAUUCCAGGGUAAACGGGGAUGGCCUAAGAAUCCUGGCCCACGAUCAACAGCAGACUGGAGCUCCGAGCCGUGGUUUAAAGGGCGUUUUAUUCAACGUGGAUGGAACUGGAGGGUAUUAUGUUGAGUGAAAUAAGUCAAACAGAGAAAGACAUGUAUCAUAUGAUCUCACUGAUAUGAGGAAUUCUUAAUCGCAGGAAACAAACUGAGUGUUGUUG